GCUUCUUGCUUGGUUACCAGAAUUCUCUUUCACACAUACCCUCACAGAAACAUUCGCUACCCUCAUUUAUUAUAGACACACUCGUUUGAAUGGCUCGAGAUUUAACUUCAAAUACUCCGGUGAUACCUCAGGAGCCGGUGCUAGAUGAAGAUUAUGUUGCGCAAAGUAACUUAAACAACCCCUUUGAAUUCACAGACAGUAAUGAAGCAACUAGCUCCUACAGUUCUGGUUCUGGAGGAGACCUGUCUUCGGAAACACCACCAGAUGACAACGAACCACCCCGUGCCCCUGGCUAUGGGGAACGUCCAUUCAGAGCGUAUAGUUUGAGCAGCAGUGAUCCAGUACUGAAUAAUGAUAGCUCGUCCCAAGAAGAAAGAAAACCUCUCAAUCCACCAAGAACAAUGGCUACGCCAGUUACACUCCCACAUCGGUCUUAUAUUUCUGAUUCUAGUAUGAACAUCCUGGGAGCUCCAGCUGCAUAUGAUAGAUAUCCCACCAUGGGCAAUGGUAAUGUUUCCAGAUUAAGUUCCAGUGGCUCUUUACAACAUUUUCUUCCUUCUAAGGAAAAUUCCGAUACCGCCAGUUCUUUCACAUCAAAUAAUUACAGUCGGGUGCCAUUUGAUUUCAGUCCAUUUGGAGGGUAUCCAGCAAGUUCCUUUCCUUUGCAUAUAGACGAAAAGGAGCCUGAUGAUUACUUGCACAAUCCCGACCCAAUACACGAUGCCAUUUAUGACAAGAAUAGACUUUGGAAUGAUUUGAAAAAUGCUGAUAAAAGAUCGGCAUGGGGACUUUUUGGUUUUGCCGUGUUACUUGCAGCUGCUGUGGCAGUAUUUAUCAUAUUGCCAGUAUUGACUUUUGCUAACGUAGAAGUACACCAUUCUCCUCAAGAAUAUGAAUUGUUGUCAAAUUAUCAAUAUCCAAUGUUGAGUGCUAUAAGACAAACUUUGGUUGACCCAGACACCCCAGAUGAUGCGUUGACUAUAACUGCUAAAGACGGGUCUCAAUGGGUCUUGGUAUUCAGUGAUGAAUUUAACGCUGUUGGAAGAACAUUUUAUGAAGGUGAUGAUCAAUUCUUUACUGCUCCUGACUUGAAUUAUGCUGCUACCAGGGAUUUAGAAUGGUAUGACCCUGAUGCCGUUACAACUGCUGAUGGGACGUUAAAUUUAAGAAUGGAUGCCUUUAACAAUCAUGAUUUGUUUUACCGUUCCGGAAUGGUUCAAUCAUGGAAUAAGUUUUGCUUCACACAAGGUAAAAUAAUUAUGUCAGCACGACUCCCCAACUAUGGAACUGUUUCAGGAUUAUGGCCAGGGAUGUGGACAAUGGGAAAUUUAGGAAGACCUGGAUAUUUAGCCAGCACUGAAGGUGUUUGGCCAUACUCUUAUGAUUCAUGUGAUGCCGGGAUAACUCCUAAUCAAUCUUCCUCGGAUGGUAUUUCUUAUUUGCCAGGCCAAAAAUUAAACUCAUGUACGUGUAAAGGAGAAUCUCACCCAAAUCCGGGAAUAGGAAGAGGAGCACCAGAAAUUGAUGUUAUUGAAGCUGCUAUCGGAACAGAUUCCACUGGAAAAACUCCUAAUAUCGGGGUUGCGUCGCAAUCACUUCAAUUGGCACCAUUUGACAUCUGGUAUAUGCCAGAUUAUUCCUUUAUUGAGAUUCACAAUGCAUCAGUCACCACCAUGAACACAUAUGCAGGAGGACCUUUCCAACAGGCACUUUCAGGAACAACCACAUUAAACUCUUCAUGGUAUGAAUUUGGCCCUUAUGAUCAUAAUUUCCAACGCUAUGCUUUUGAAUAUUUGAACGAUGAUAAUAAAGGUUAUUUAACUUGGUUUGUUGGUGAAGAUCCUACAUUCACUGUAUAUCCACAAGCAUUGCAUCCUAAUGGAAAUAUCGGUUGGCGUCACCUUUCAAAAGAACCAAUGUCAAUUGUUAUGAAUUUAGGUAUUUCCAAUAGUUGGGCUUAUAUAGAUUGGCCAUCGCUUAAUUUCCCAGUUACCAUGAGAAUCGAUUAUGUUCGAGUAUAUCAACCUAAGGAUCAAAUUAACGUUGGUUGUGAUCCUGAUGAUUUCCCCACGUAUGAUUAUAUUCAAGAGCAUUUAAACGUAUAUGAAAAUGUUAACUUGACGUUGUUUGAACAUGGAGGUUACUCAUUCCCCAAGAAUAAAUUAACUGGAUGUUGAUUGUGCUGGCACAUUUUGCAAUGGAUAAUUUUGAUUUAUAGACUGUUUUGCUUUGUAGUUUAUACGGAUAUUUGUUUGUUAUAUAUAAGAAUUCACAAAGAGUAAUUCGUAUUCUUUAAAUAGGGUGAAAAUUUACAUCCGAGACAACGAGGGGUUUUUGUGUCAU